GUCUAAUUGAAUCCGACGCGAUAGCCUGAGACUGCGAGCAGGAGGGGCGGCUGGUGAGGAAGACGCGAGUAACGAAAGGGCUGUGACCGACGAAACCCACCCAUUCUGACGGUGAAGAAGACUUGUGCGACGGAAGGGGAGGAAGCCUUGAAGAGGAAGAAUGUUGAGGCUGGUUUCAAAGAGAAUUUUGGGAGUGUCACGGGAGGUGCCAUCGCCAACACUCCAAGUUCUGCCUCAAUUCUCCCGUGAGAGUGUUGUUGAUCACUACGACAACCCACGGACUAUGGGAUCCUUCAACAAGAAUGACCCCAUGGUCAGAAUGGGCUUGGCUAGGGAACCCUCUGACAUGAAACUCCAUAUUAAGGGUGAUGAAAUAACCAGAAAGAUCGUUGAUGCUCGCUUCAAGACCCUUGGCCGUGGUUUGGGCAUUGCCUCUUCUUCUGCGGCUAAUGAAUGGGUAAAAGGGAAGCAAAUGGAGGGAGUUUCAUCCACAAAAAACAUGGAAAUUGCAAAGCAUCUGUCAUUUCGUCCAUUUAAGCUUCACUGCGGCAUGUUUGCUGACGAUGCCAUCAAAGCAGGUUUCAAAAGCUAUGAAGCUAAGCGAGCCAUGGCAACAGCCACCGAGGCAACAUCUGGAGAGACAGGUGCCACUCCAGUCACGGCGCCUAUGAAAAAUACACUUCGCCCGAUAUCUCCUCAUCUUUCUAUUUACAAGCCACAGUCCUCUUCCAUGUCUUCAAUUUUUAAUAGGAUCUCUGGGGCUUCCCUGGCAGCUAUGGUUUUGGGUUUCUAUCUUCUAUGUCUGAAAAUGCCUCUGAUUUGCUUCACCUAUGCUGAGUUCUACCAAUUUUUCCAUUUUUCAACAAAUUUCAGCGUAAUCUUUGCCCAGAUCGCUGCCGUUGCCAUGUCCUAUCAUCUGUAUGAUGGGAUCAGGAGAUUGCUGCAUUAGCUCCGUCCUAUUAUCUGUAUGCUGUGGUUAAUGAUGGAGAAAACGGCCAAUGUUAAGGUUUUCUAAUGUUGUCAAGUUUAAGAUCAGUGGGUUGAUGUUCGUUUGAGCAUCUUAACGGCUCAGUCUGAGCUUUAUGUAAUAAAGAUGCUAUUGCCUGAGACAGUAUCAUCUAUGUAACGAAUGUAAUCCCUUGAACAGUGCUUAUUUGGUUUUCUUGCUUUUAUACUUCUUUAUUCUGACAA